UGCCCAACCUCCUGCGCAAAACAAGCAAGAUGGUAUUUUGGUCACCAUACAUGCACUGUUGUCACCAGAGUGGAAGUUCGCUCAAGGAGAGUUCAUGGCUGUGUCAAGCAGUAUCAACAAUUGGGUGGAAAUUGUGGGUUACGUGAACCAGGUGGGAGGGUGUGGACCAGAUGACCUCUACACGAAGGUUUGGGUGCAGAUUGAUGUUCCAGUUGCGGCAAGUCACAAGCCUAUAGCAUACAAGUUUCUCAAAAUAUUCCCAAGGAGGACUCCGCCCGAGUAUGAGCACCUUGGCAGUCGUUCGGGAUACAAUGUGAACCGUCGCUUGGAGAUCCCUGAAGACCGGCGAUACAAGGGUGGUACCUUCACCCAGUACGACAAUGUUAUUCAUCCCAAAUCGUCUGGUGGAUUCUUCAGCUCGCUGAAGAGGACCGUUAAAGACCUUAUCGGUGGGGUUUCGGUGCAAGUGUUUGAGAGGCAUUUGUCCAUAGUGUCACUACUCCCCAGCUGGGACUUUACAAGCAAAGAGUCUGUCUUCACACAGAGAGAUGAGAUCUAUCAAGUUUAUCGUCAGCUCAACCACGCUCAAGUGGUGGAGAUUGAGCACCAACGCUGGUACACUUUCAACGUUGACUCCGGGCACAUGCCGGUGAAUCAGGCCAUCUUGGACAGGUACUUUUUGCCGGGCUUGGAGCAGCUGCUGGGUGCUGAACUGGAAAUGAAGCGUGAUGAUCGUCUGAUGGCAGCCGUCCUCAUGUGUAUGGUAUUGAGGAAGCUGGGCCUGCACCCUGGUGGUGAGACCUCCACUCAGCUAGUGAGGCUGCUGAGACUGGAUAUCAACGAGGAACGGCGCGAGUGUCCACAACUCCAAGCGCUCGAGCCCUUUUCUGAAAAGGAGCGCCGGGAAAUGGCCGCAAGUAUACUGUAUGUGGUGAACAUUGCACGUGACUCCCGCAGGCAGUCUCCCACGCCCUACUGGCAGUUCCUGUUUGCGCUGCCGCUGCUGCACAUUCUCCAGGGCAAGAUACACGCCUUUGCAGUCUCGGUGGAUAGGGACGCGAUCCCCCCAGGCCCGGACAGCUGGUUUGCUCACGCCGACCUCUCUGGCUCUGUUUGCCCUUU